AGGAGGCAGAAGAGCAACAGAAAGAGAGAGAGAGGUACAGAGAGACAGGAGGAGAGCUCAGAGUAAUCGUAGGAGGACAGAGAAGGGAACUUGUGUCAGCGUGGGAGCUGUCAGUGCCUGCAGCAAGAGAAUGACAUGCUGGAUAAAGGGGCAGCGAUGAUGUCCAGUACCACAUUUAAAAUGUCCAGGUCACAGUGAGAGCCUCCUGUCAUAACAGCACUAGUUCCAUCAAAAUCCAUCAGAAGAAGCAGACAGCAUGCAAAACCUCCGGCAUGCAGCUUCUGAGGCUUUCCAGCGUCUCGGGUUAAAACAAAGACAUCUGGGCUAUGAGGAGCUGGGUGAGCUGGACGGGGUGGAGAAACCACAGCCGCACUGGUUUCACACGCUGCAGGUGCGACGGCUCAGAGUUCAGAGGGGCCGCAGUAACAGCGAUCCUAUGGGAGGAAAGAGCUUCCAGCAAGAGUUUCAGUGGAAAACUGGCCUGCAGUUUGGGAAUGCAACAUCUUAUUUGAAUCUUGAAAAACUUGGAGAGGGCACAUAUGCCACAGUGUACAAAGGAAUUAGCAGGAUAAAUGGUCAUCUUGUGGCUUUAAAGGUGAUUCACAUGAAAACUGAGGAAGGAAUUCCAUUCACAGCUAUUAGAGAAGCCUCCUUGUUAAAGGGUCUUAAACAUGCCAACAUAGUCUUGCUUCACGACAUCAUUCACACGCGAGAGUCUCUCACCUUUGUCUUUGAGUAUGUGCAAACAGAUUUGGCUCAAUACAUGAUUCAGCAUCCUGGUGGACUUCACUCAUACAAUAUCAGACUCUUCAUGUUUCAGUUGCUGCGAGGAUUGUCUUACAUCCACAGCAGAAGAAUUCUGCAUCGAGACCUCAAACCUCAGAAUUUGCUCAUCAGCUAUUUGGGGGAGCUCAAAUUAGCAGAUUUUGGUCUGGCCCGAUCUAAGUCCAUACCGUGCCAAACGUACUCUGCCGAGGUUGUGACUUUAUGGUACCGCCCGCCAGAUGUUCUCAUGGGCUCCACAGAUUACUCCACAGCCCUGGACAUCUGGGGAGCCGGCUGCAUUUUUAUUGAGAUGCUACAGGGGUCACCAGCGUUUCCUGGAGUAGCUGAUGUCUUUGAGCAGCUGCUGAAGAUUUGGACAGUCCUCGGGGUCCCGACCGAGGAGAGCUGGCCAGGUGUCAGUGAUCUGCCCAACUAUAAACCAGAGUGGUUCCUGCCCUGCAAGCCCCAGCAAUUUCGAGAUGUCUGGAAAAGACUCGCUCAGUUACCUUACAAGACGGAGGAUUUGGCCCAGCAGAUGCUGAUGAUGAAUCCAAAGGACAGGAUUUCAGCCCAGGAUGCAUUGCUACACCCAUAUUUCAACACUCUUCCACCUCCGUUAAUGCAUAUAAGGGACACUGUAUCCAUCUUUAAGGUGCCGGGCGUGAGGUUAGAGACGGAAGCGAGGGAUAUCUUCAGCCCCAGCAGACGAAUGAAAUCACCUCUUGCUCCGCUGGCCAAGUGCUGGUGAAAGACUCGCCUUUGUAAAUAGUUGGUGUGCUUGUAAAACCAAAAACACACCAGCAUGAGUAAACGUGACAUUGUUACAGCAUGACAGUCAGUUUGUAUGUUGUCUAUUCAGAUUGAAAUCAAAAAUAUUUAUGAAAGGAAAUCCUGAUUCUGUUUCAUAAAAUUCAUGUUUUUACAUUUUGGAACAGUAUUACCUAAAAAUGUUUUACAGUUAAUACAUACAUUCCAUGUUUGAAAUCCAUCAUAUUUUUUAAAAUAAGAGCGGAUGCGGCCAUUUGUAACUUGAAUGUUCAAGGCUUCCAGUGUCAUUUUAGCUGUAUUCGAAAAAUAUUCCUUUAUGCUGCUUGAUGUUGCAAACUGGUAUUAGUCAUCAUAUUAUUUUAAUUUAUUAUCAUAAUGAAAAACAUACCAGCUUGUAGCAGUUUUACCAUUUACUGCUUUCUUAUUCUUCCAGUUAUCUACCUGGAGUAGCCAAUGAAUCAGAAGUCUUGCAUAUUCACAAAAAAUAGCAUAAUAAGUUAGAUACCAUCAUAUUUAUUGAGAGAGGAUCACAUACGUCUGCUUUCCUGCCUCUCUGCAAACUGAUGUCCAGAGACUGUUUACAGCACACUUUCAUUGUGAAUAAGUUUAAAUUAAAUGCACUUAUUAAUUUUAUACGUAAAUUAGUUUUUGUAUAUAUUGCACAGAGAAGAGAACAAGAAUGUUUGAGAGAGAUGAUUUGGGAAUAUGAUAUGAAAAUAUGUGGAAGAAUAUACCUACUAAUAUUUCAAAGCUCUAUUGUGUAGUGUGCAGGUGAAAAAAAUGACUUGUAUGCAUUCAUAAAACACACCUGGAGAGAGUCUCACCUGAAAUUACCUGUUUUUGUACAGCACAUACUCAUAUUUCUCCUGUACGCUGUUGGCCGAAACAUGUUCGGAACUGUUUUUAGCUGUGUUUGUAUCAAGUUCAUAAUUAAUACUUUAAGUAUCUUUACAUUUUUUUACAUAUUAGCAAUGUCAGUGUACUAAAGGAGAGAUGUACAGCAAUAUUGGUCACUAACAUUUAAAAAAGCGUUUCAAAUAAUAGAAACAAUCACAUUGCCAGUCACUCAAUGCUGAUGUCAAAAAUGGAUGUGCCUGAGUACGUCCACACACUUUAACAUAAUGCAAUACUGUGAAAACUGUGUAUGUGUUCAUACAAUUGUAUACAAUCCCACUGUCUUGACUUCUGAAUAAAUAUUGUAAAAAUAA